GCCGAUCGCGGAAAUUCACGGAGCUGCACACCCGCGAAUAAACGGCGACGCUGAUCGACGUAUCGCACGAAAACGCGCGGCAGACUAUUGCCACUUAUCGCGCGUUGGCAGUCUUAGGAAGAAAGAGACGAUUGUAUCGUCGCAUUGGAAGUUUGUGGAAUAAACAAUGGUGCUUUUUAACUAAUCGACGUGGCACUCCAUUUCUGUAAACCUCUGCAAGUUCUCGUCAUUUCCAGUUUACGUGAUAGGCAUAGAGAUGUUAAGGAAACAGUUCUCUUACAAUGUCAAGAGGCAGGUUUCCCUAUGGAAAUCAACUAUGGAAUCAAAAAAUAUUGCGAAAGACCUGGACUGAAUACAGUGAAUCACCUCUUCGUGGCGCGUAGUUAUUUCUCCCAAUGUUUGGAACUGGUUGUCGAAGCAGCUCUUUUCGUCUCCGUGUUACAUUAUUUAUGGCCCUGUGGCUAAGCCUUUGAAUUUCAAGUUUAUUAUCGUCUAAAACGAAAUCUUCCGAUGGCAUUAGCGAGUGUUUGACGAAUACCAACAGCAAUUACUCGAAUGUAUCCUUCUGAAUGAGAUAAAAAAAUAAGGAUCACUUUGGUGUGCAAAUAUGUUGUCAUCGGACUCGAAGAAGACGAUGUUUGCAAUCUCUAGUGCUACCACCUCUUGUACGCGUAAUUUAAUACAGCGUCUGGAUAACAAGUACAGUACAAAAAAGGAUGUAGUACAUUAGCACCUCCGUCUACAAUUCCAUCCGAAAAUGCUUGGAAAGGAUCGAAACAUGGGGGCGUCGCGUUUUAUCUGCAGAAUCGAAUUUCAUGGGGCGUCUGAUAAUCGUACCAUCACGAUGCGAGGAUUCGUUCAGUCGACUUGCGGCUGUUGGCUCAUUUCAAUCACCAAAAUGGACAUAUUAACGGUGCUCGGUUUCCUCGCCAUCCUUCAACUGGAUUCUACCGCACUAACUGUCGCUGUGGAUUUGGACGGUUUAUGGUCUUCGUGCAAAGAUUCUGUCCGCUCAACGCCCAUGAUGGAGCUGAAGAAGUACCUUUUCUGCCAAUACGACAGCACUGUACGACCAGUCACCUCUCACAAGGAUAUCAAUAACGUGACUUUGAAGUUGAUACCGAAGAUCCUAGAGUUUGACGAAUUCGAGAAUAAGAUGAUCCUGCACAGCUGGAUGACGCUCGUUUGGAUGGACAGCCAUCUGACUUGGACGCCCAGCAAGUACGACGGGAUCCAAUACAUCCACGUGAAAAGCAGCGAGAUAUGGGUGCCUGACCUCUCGAUAUACAAUUCAGGUGACAUGUCGGACGACCAGAGCAUCCCUCCGACGACGUGCUUGAUCUUCAGUUCGGGGAAGGUGAGCUGCGUGCCGUCGAUGAAGCACAUCGCCAAGUGCUCCACGAAUUACGCUUCGUGGCCUUACGACAGACAUCGUUGCCGAAUUAAUUUUGGCUCUUGGUCCCACUCUGGCGAAGAAGUGGACUUCCACUUGGACGAGAAAGGGUAUCAAAUGGCUGGUUACACGAACAAUAGCCUGUGGGAUUUCCAAGUGGAGCAAGCGUACAAGGUCGUGAAGAUGUACAGCUGCUGCCCGAACGACACCUACCCCAUGAUCGUUUAUAUGUUUUCUAUAACUCGGCAUCACGGGGUCCUGCAAAUCGCAUACGUAACUCCUGCAAUUGCCAUGAUGUUGCUGACGUUAACUGUCCUGUUGUUGGACUCGAGAUCGACGGAACGCAUAGCAGUAGCCAGCGUUAAUUUGAUUUGCCACAUGCUCUGCAUAUUCGACAUGCACUGGCAGCUACCACACAACGGCACAAACCCGCCUAAUUUACUACUGUAUUAUCGCGACUCCUUGGCCUUGGCUGUGUUCGCCUUAAUCCUGACUGCCUUGCUACGCAAAAUGCUCACGAUGAACAUCGAAGUGCCCCAUUGGGUCUCCUCGACAACGUCUUUCGUCCUCAGCAACAGAGCUGGACGUUUCCUCGUCCUUGGCGACGAGGAUUCGAACAGAAUCCUCGGCACGGAGAUGGACGACAAUAUAGACUCUCCCAAAACCGAGGCAACGUCGAAAGAAUCAUCGUGGAGACAGCUCGCAGCCAUAAUCGAGUGGCUGUCCUUCUUCGUCGUAGUGAUCACCUACGUCAUCUUGCUGUUCACUCUCAUGCCUUACUCUUCGCGUUUCAGCUGGCUCGAUUUGUCCUCGCGAACGAAAAUGAAGAGCCUCCUUUUCGUCUGUCUCGUGGUCCUCAGCAUCUCGAGUCAAGCAGCGUACGACUAUACAUAUCCGACAUCUUGCAAAGAUAUCACGAAUAGUCCUAUGAUGCGUCUCAGGCAAUGUCUGCUUGAAGCGUACCAAGAGGCGUAUGACGCGAACGUUAGACCCAGCAAGGACCACAAAAAAGCCACUAAUGUCAACUUCGAGUUGGAGAUACGCCAUUUCACAGUCGAUGAAUACUCGAGCACGAUAGACCUGCACGUCUGGACGAGAUGGGAAUGGACAGAUGACUUCUUGAAGUGGACACCAUCGGAAUUCGACGAUAUCGACUCGUUGAAAGUACUGAGCGACCAGAUUUGGACACCCGACAUCACGACGCACAGCGCGUCGAUCGCGGGCGCCAAUGUUGAAAUGCCACUGAGUCAAUGCUGGAUAUUCCAUAGGGGAACAGUAUUUUGCGCGCCAAAAAUGUUGUUCACGACGCAAUGCGAGUCAGAUUACUCAUGGUGGCCUUACGACGCGAUGAAUUGCACUCUUGAACUUGCCUCUUGGGCUCAUUCCACUCAAGAUUUGAAACUUCAGCACCUAUUCGUCAAGCAGGAGGAGAUCUUGAUAGAACUGGAUGAACUUAAUUCACAAUGGGAAAUGUACAAAUUUACCAUAAACGAGCACGAAACAGAAUCAAAAUUCAAUUCCAGUUCGACAUCUGAGGUGAUGACUAGUGUGAUAUCUUAUAACAUCGUCUUGCAAAGACACGCUAAGAUUCAUAGCGCGAUCUUCGUGACGGUCGUCAUAGUGCUUAUGUCAAUGACGCUGGUCACACUUUGGCUGGAUCCAAAAUCCAGCGAACGGAUGAUAGUCGUGAAUUUGAAUUUCGUUUUUCAUCUGCUCGGCUUGCUGGACUUGCAAUGGAGGAUUCCCUUCAAUGGAAAUCGUAUUCCAAAAUUAAUUCUCUUUUAUCAUAAUUCGUUCAUGUUGGCUACCUUCUCGCUUAUUCUGACCACCAUUUUGCGUCACUUGCAAGAAUUAACCGUUGACGCACCUUUGUGGAUAUCGUCAACCUCGGUUUUAAUUUUGAAGAGUAGAGUGGGCCAAAUACUUUUGGUGAGCUUCUUAGAUCCAAAACAAUCUGCCAGAAUUGAGUUAAACUCGGACGAUAACACUAACCUCGUGUCUAUCGAUAAGAGAGAGUCUACUUGGAGGUACACGUCGAUUAUAAUUAGUUGGCUCGCGUUUUCGAGUAUUUUAUUCGCGUAUAUAAUUAUGUUGAUUGUUUUCAUUCCAACGAGUAUAUCUUCAAAUCCCUAUGACAUGCAUACCCCAACCGAGAAGAAAUAAAACUAUAUACAAUCUUCAUGUACAAAUAUAACACUUUCAACGAAUACACGAAUAAUUAAUAGAUAAGGGAUGAUCGGAAUGUUUAAUAAAAUUCGUCUCUGUGUA